AUGAAUGUUACAAAAGUCCCACAGCUGAUGCCACUGGAGACCUCUGCUAAAGCGCUGAUGACUGUAAUGCCGUGCCUUCUCUUCUUGUAUAUUAACAGCGUCAUGGUGUUUGCUUUGUUGAAAAAGCCUUUCUUUAUGGACUCCCCUCGAUAUGUCUUAUUUGGUCAUUUACUCUUUACUGACUCUCUACAGCUUCUACUGUGUAUGAUGCUGUACUUAUUUGCUGUGACACAGGUCAGAAUGAUCACCCAUGUUUGUAUUAUUGUCACUCAGUUUGCAGUCGUCACUAUUAAGAUAUCUCCCCUCAACUUGGCUGUUAUGUCUUUGGAGAGAUAUGUUGCCAUUUGUUUUCCACUGAGGCAUUCUACCAUUGCUACGUCCAGAACGACAAGGAUUGCCAUCGCCGUCAUGUGGACAGUGGCCUCUUUAGACUCAUUCACACAACUUUUUCUGUUUAUCAGUCUGGAGAAAACUGGUUUCACUACACAAGGAUUCUGCAUAAUAAGCAAUGUUUUCCAGCUGCAGGUCUACAUGACUGUAAACAGGGCUUUCACUAUUGUCAAUUUUGUGUUGGUGAGCUUGAUUAUCAUUUACACAUAUGUGGCACUCGUGGUUACUGUGAGGUCUGCCUCUUUUCAUGCACGAAAUGCCAAUAAGGCACACAGGACAGUGUUGUUGCAUCUGCUUCAGUUCUGCCUGUGUCUUGUCUCCACUCUGUUUAGCAUGAUAAAUUCAGCGAGCCUGUUGAAUGUAAAUCCUUCUAUUGCUCUUCAUAUUCAGUAUGUCCUCUUUGUAGGACUAAUUAUUUUCCCAAAGUGUUUGAGUCCACUUAUAUACGGCUUGAGAGAUCAGACUUUCAGGUGUGUCUUCAUAUACUAUUUCACAUUUGGCAGCAAAUCAACUGUUGAGUCACAUCCCAGGUCUUGAUUUCCAGUCCAGUAACUGUAAGUUAAUCAUGCUUUUUUCCCAUAUGUGUCAAGUGUCUGUGAAGUAUUC